UGAAUUUAGGAAAUCUACAGACACAAAUAGACAGUGACUUAAAACUGGUAAAUGUGCAGCUAGUUUCAAUGACUUUGUAUACUGCAGUGUAGCUUGUGAAUUUACUCCAGGUGUAAUUUAAGUCUUGUGUAAGUGUUGAUUGUAUGUCAAAUCAUUAAUCCAAAUAUGCAAAGUAACUAAAGGAAUUCAAUUAAUGUAGUGGACUAAAAGUACACAAUUCACCUUUGAAUUGUUGUGGGGUACAAAGUAACAUAAAAUGGAAAUACUCAAGUUAAGUACAAGUAUCUAACCAUUUUUACUUAAGUCCAGUACUUGAGUAAAUGUACUUAGUUGCUUUCCACCUCUGGAAGGAAGAAAUGUAAUGGAAGCAAAACAGCUCAAACUCUCAAAAUGGAGUCUGUUUGCCUGUAUAGUGCCUUGGCCUAGCUGUGAAAAAGGAAGUUAUAAUAAGAAAGGAAAUGGCAUGACUGCAGAUCUAUACUGUAGCAGACGCUAGAAAGCAUAAUCUCUGCAACCACACAGUCACAGGACCACAGCAGCAUGAACACACACACACACCCAUGUCAGUGAAACUACUGGAGGCGCAUAAGAUACACAGGAAGCAAAUCAGCGAUUAAACAAAGGAAACUCGCUUACGAAAAUAUCAUGCACCAACCUUACAAAGAAGAGUAGCAUUUCAAAAGGAUCUAUUUCUUUCUAUAAUCUGGUGCUGGAAGAAUAACUUUUGAGCAGGGGGUGGAGAUGGAGAAGUCGGAGAUGUUUGGCAUCUCUUUGGAGACAGACAACAGGACGAUGGAGGAGAAAGCGCGGCACAGAGCGGCGCAUAAGGGCGGUUUCAGCAAUGAGCCGCCCAAGGCUCCAAUGGACACUGAUUACCAGGAAGAGAUGGAGAUCCCCAAGCCUAAAAUCAGAAUGAAUGCCAACUUUGACAAAGAGAUUCAAGGAUUGGAUCCCAGUGGACGCACAGACAACAGGUUUGGUAUUGACAGGCUGUUUGAAGCGGUGGCCAGCAGGGACGUCCAAAAGCUGGACGGCCUGCAUCAGUACCUGCAUCAGAACAGGAUGAAACUGUCCAACUCUCUGUAUCAGUCUCACGGUAAAACGGCCCUCAUGAAGGCUCUGCUGCACCUCAUGGAUGGCAAAAACGAGACGGUGGAGCUUUUGAUCGACAUUUCAGAGAAGAUGAAAGACAUUAAUGAGUUUGUAAAUGCGGCCUACACUAACAUCUACUACGAAGGUCAGACAGCUCUUCAUAUAGCCAUUGAGAGGAGGAGUCUCUCCUAUGUGGAGCUGCUGCUCAGUAAAGGAGCAGACAUCCACGCCAAAGCCUGCGGAACUUUCUUCCAGCCACACGAUGGCCCCAACUUCUACUUUGGUGAGCUGCCUCUGUCUCUGGCAGCCUGCACCAACCAGCCCGACGUGGUGGACUUCCUCAUGAAGAGCGAGUACCAACGCGCUAAUGCUGAGCUAACUGACUCUCAUGGAAACACUGUGCUGCACGCCCUGGUGGUGGUGGCUGACAACUCUACCGAUAACACAGAGUUUGUUACCAAAAUGUAUGACCGCAUCCUCAAGACCAAUGCCGAACUUCACCCCAAGUCGAAACUGGAGGACAUCGAGAACAACAAUGGGCUGACGCCUCUCAAAAUGGCUGCCAAGACUGGCAAGAUUGGGAUUUUUUCACACAUCCUAAAACGGGAAUUCCAAGAGAAUAAAGCCAAACAUCUGUCCCGUAAGUUCACAGAGUGGGUUUACGGGCCCGUCCAGAGCUCCUUGUACGACCUGGCCUCGGUGGACUCGUACCAGGAGAACUCAGUCUUGGAUAUUCUGGUGUACGGCAGUGACAUUCCUAACCGCCACGAGAUGCUCCAGAUGGAGCCUCUGAGCCAUCUGCUGGACGAGAAGUGGAAGAAGUUUGCUGGUCGAAUGUUUUUCCUCAACCUCCUGGUCUACAUCCUGUACCUGAUCAACUUCACCCUUGUGGCCUACAACAAGAAAUUUGGGCUGCCGCCAUUUCACAUCGAACACACCACUCUGGGUUACCUGUAUGUUUCAGGCCAGCUAGUGACAGCGCUGGCAAACUGCUAUUUCUUUGUCAUAGGGGUCAUGGACAUGUAUAGGAAACGGCCGAAGCUGCAGACGUUGCUGAUUGAUGGAUAUUAUGAGAUUCUUUUUUUUUUUCAGGGCCUCCUGUUCCUGUUCACAGCCGGGCUGUAUCUGUUGGGGAUGGAGCAGUACCUCAGCGUAAUGGUGGUGUGUCUCGCUCUCAGCUGGGUCAACAUCCUCUACUUCUCCAGAGGCGACAGACACAUGGGCAUCUACAGCAUCAUGAUACAGAAGAUAAUCCUCUGUGAUAUGCUGCGCUUCCUCCUUGUCUACAUUGUCUUCCUCUUUGGAUUUUCAGCAGCGGUGGUCAGUCUGCUCAUAGAGCCUGCGCAAAACACCACUGUGGUUGAGACGCCGGAAAAGGGGCGUUUGUAUAUUGCAGUUGCUCCUGAUGAUUGUGUAAAGCCCUCCUUCAAGAGCAUCACCUUCACCAUCCUGCAGCUCUUCAAGUUCACAAUCGGCAUGGGGGACAUGGAAUUCAUCCAGGACCACAAGAGCAGUGAGGUCUUCUAUGUGCUCCUUAUCGGGUACAUCAUACUCACCUACAUCCUGUUGCUCAACAUGCUCAUCGCCCUCAUGAACUGCACCGUGGAGAAGACCACCAAGGAGAGCACAAGCAUCUGGAAGCUACAGAGGGCCAUCACCAUCCUGGACAUGGAGAAAAGGCUGUCUAGCUGUCUGAGGAAGAGGUUUCGCUGUGGGGUGGAGAAGAACCUCAGGACUACUCUUGGAGACGACCGUCGCCGGUGUUUCAGAGUGGAGGAAGUCAACUGGAACAAAUGGAACAGCAACCUGGGCAAAAUCAAUGAGGAUCCGGGGUGCUGGGAUCGCGCCCAGCAGCCUGCAGCACACAGAGGGAGGAGCUGGAGAGGCUUUUUCACAGAGGGCAGUCGGCAGCAGGCAUAUCAGUCCUCAGAGAUGAAUCUUCUGAACCCCCCAUCAGUCUAAAGACACACCAGAGAGCUUCACACUGGCUGCCCGGACAUCAAGGCAUUUACAUUUAAAGACAGCAAAGAAAUGUAACUGUCAAAUGUGUGAAUUGCCUCUCUGACUGACUGAUACUCCCCUGUCAGCCUGAUAUUAAAUGUAGCCUUGGUGGCAUUAUUUCACUGAGAUGGAGAUAUUGUAGAUAUGUGUUCACCUGACUGACACAACAGUGUAAAAUAGGACAAAUGAUCAAAGAUGCCUAAUUGCCAAAUCAUACAUUUGCCGUACAUUUAAUCCAAAGGCUUUUGCACACGCUGUUUCCACCACCACCUGAGCAGGAUGCACAUCCUCUCAGCACAAAGGCCAGAACCUGCCUGUGACACAGCUCCCAAUCCUUCAUGGAGUAAUACUGAUUACGAAAGGUGCUGAUCUCGCCCCCCCCCCUGCAGUGUGCCCUUUAUACAAGUCCCAUUUUCAUCACAGCUAGACAAGCUAAAUCUACUGCAGCCAGAUAGUCCUGUGGAUUUCACAGCGUGCCUAGUCUACUCUACUUCCUGUUUCUAUUUGGAGAGAAACCUUUUCUCUCCAGACAGCAGUUUGAGACAGUAAUCCAUGCCUUUGUCACCACCCGGCUGGACUACUGUAACUCUCUCUACAUGGGGGUCAGUGGGUCCUCCCUCGCACGACUGCAGCGGGUGCAAAAUGCUGCAGCAAGGCUCUUAACUGGCACACGGAAGUAUGACCACAUUUCCCCUGUUUUAGCUUCUCUCCACUGGCUGCCAAUUUAUUUUAGGAUCCAUUUUAAAAUGAUUUUAUUUACUUUUAAAUCCCUAAAUGGCAUGACCCCACCAUACCUUGCUGAGCUGCUACAGCAUUACACGCCGAACCGCCCUCUCAGGUCAGCGGACCAACUGCUCCUGAAUGUGCCUAAAACCAGGUCAAAGCUCAGAGGGGAUCGUUGCUUCUCUGUAGCGGCUCCCAAACUGUGGAACGCUCUGCCCCUGGAGAUCAGACAGGCCUCCACACUGCCUGCUUUUAAAUCGCUUCUUAAAACCCACCUCUUCUCUUUAGCGUUUUAAUAUUUGGCGUUUCAACAUCUUUCAGAGUGUUGCUUUUUUGCAUUUAAAUUGUUUUUUGUUUUUACUUGUACUUGUUUUAUGGUGUGUGAGCUGUGUUACUUUUUUGUAUGCUUUGUUUUAUCUAUUUGCCUGUACAGCACUUUGGUCUGGAGGUUUAAAGUGCUUUAUAAAUAAAGUUGUAUUGUAUUGUAUUUGUCAGAGGCAGGAAAGCAGAGCAAUUGGUGCAACAGUCGUCAUCUUUGGCACUAGCGGCCUCAGUUACAAAUGAAAGGUGGUUUAGGCGGCCUUUUCAGUUGGCACACAUCUGUAAGAAACCUAUAUGAGACGACUAAGAAACCACAACCUGUCCAAAGUGUUUUAAACUGCGUUUGUUUCGAGCUAAAGUAAGCAUACAACUUGAUCAAAGAAAAAUGUAUUAUAAUGUAUGAGUUGUGUGAGAGUUUGUAAAUGGAUGUUUUUAGUUAGUUUUGCAGUUGUUUUGGACCCCCAUUUACUUACAUUAGUCAACACAUUCCUCGGUUACUUCUCCGUUAUUUCUUCAUACACUCAAGGAGGCACAGGGUAAUAAAUGUAUAUAAAUAUGA